AUGAAGCCCAGCCUCCGCCGCCGCCCCAGCUCGCCGGCGGUGGAGCCUCCGCCCCUGGAGAACGACGACCUCCUCGACAAAAUCCUCCUCCGCCUCCCUCCGCUACCCUCCUCCCUCCCGCGCGCCUCUGCCGUCUGCAAGCGCUGGCGCGGCCUCGUCUCCGACCCCCGCUUCCGUGCACACCACCGCCGCAACCAUCCCCUCCUCGGCUUCUUCAUCGGAGCACUCAUCGGAGAACCAGCACAGGCGACCAUCACAGGCGACCAGCACCGCCUAGACAUCCCCCCGUGGUUCGACACGGAAAACCCAUUCAGCGCGGCGGUGCUUCGCGCUGCUGGAGAAGUCCACCACUUCCAGGUGGUCUUGGUAGGCAAUAGCGGAAUGCAACAUACACAGGCGGCCGCCUCCGUUUACUCGUCGGAGACCGUUGUAUGGGGCAAUCUCAUCACAUCCGAGGAUUUUAGCGGUUAUGUACCCAACUAG